UGUAACUAGGUAACAGUACCUACAUCGUAAAAUCGUGGACCGUUGUCCAGAAUAAGCCGGCUACUAAUUAUAUGGUGUGCAACGCUCACUUUAUAUUAAGAGGUAGUUAUCCGCUACGUGCAGUACUGUGCUUACCCCCGUAACCAACAUGCGGAUUCAUGUGCUGUUCAUCGCACUGCUACUACACACAGCGGCUGCAACGCUGGACUUCAAGCAGUUGAAGGACACAGCAGCAACGCAACUGCAAACAAUAACAGACACAGCUGCAACAAAACUGCAAUCAUUAACAGACACUGCAACUACAACUAUACAGCAAUUCGUCGAUACAAUAGACUUGGACAAAGUGCAACAACUCGAUGUACUUCAAAUCCUCCCAAAGUUACAAAAUAAAGGCAAACUUAUUAAGGAGACUUAUGAAAAUUUACCCGAGUAUGGGAAAAAGGCCCAAAUGUAUUUGCAAAGUAUAAAGGGAAUGAAAGGUGAUUUGGUAAAGGCUUUAAAGUUCAAAUUGCCGUGGCCUGAAAUGAGGGUGUAUUAUCACCAUGUGUACCUUGAUCCUCACGACCAUCAUCAUCACCAUGGGCCGUAUUAGGAUUUGCCGUUGUAGUUAUUUAUUUUAUAUCUACUUAUCAGUACACCUGCCUCCCAUUGGGGUAUGCCAAAUCACUAAUUUAUUAAUUGGUUGCAUAAUAUGUAAUGUCUUUAAGUGUGGGAGAGCCAUGCUUCGGCUCGACCAGAGUGAUACCACGGUCUUACAGAAAACCGACGUGAAACAACGCAAGCGUUGUGUUUCGUCGUAUGAGUGAGGUUAUCGGAGACCCAAUUACCCAAAUUCCCGAAUCCCAACGACCCAUAAAUUCCUACCGCUCAUGUAACCCCAAUUAUCAAAAUUCCAAUACGAAUCAGGAUCAUCAAAAAUUGCCUAACAAAAUCGUAAUAUUUAUUUCAUAUCUUUUUUACAUUUUUAUACUUUUCUAACAUAAAUUAGAUAAUAAGUGUAACAAAGCUUAUCU